GGACAGCAAUAGGAGAGGUCUGAUUGGAGUCUGAGGGCUCCGACGAGCCAAAGUGGAUGUGAAAAGGAAAACAUCUAAAACUAAAAGUCUUUCCAAAUCUGUUCUCCACAUAGAGAGAAAUCAGGGAAGCCAACAGCAGCUGAGAUGAGGCUGGUCAGUGGCGGGCUCCGGGCCCGAAGGGCCGCUGAGCCGUCCGAACCAGAAUCUGAGGAAACAACGGAGCCGUCCCAUCAUGAGCACGUUCAUCCAGAACACCAUCAUGAACACAUGCAUCCAGAACAUCAUCCAGGACAUGACUACAACCACAUGAAGGAGAAGUUCAUGAAUGAGCUCCAUCACCUACCAAUUCCAAUGUGGGCAGUGGGAGCCAUUGUUGUGCUGGUCCUGGCUUUAGUGGCAUGCUUCAUUUUCUGUGUUUUCAAAAAAUGCUUUGCAAAGAAGAAAAAGCCGAAGAAAGUGAGGGAGAGGAAGGCUGGGGGUCGCCGCAGAAAGGAGAAGGAUGGUGAUGGAGAGUCAGGAGAAAAGGAAGGAGAUGGGAAAAAGGAUGGAGAAGAGGAAGAGAAAGAACAGGAGAAGUUGGGCAAGUUGGAGUUCUCCUUGGAUUACAAUUUCACAGAUUGUCAGCUCAUAGUGGGCAUCCUUCAGGCUCAGGACCUUGCUGCAAUGGACAUGGGGGGGACUUCAGACCCCUAUGUCAAAGUUUUUCUGCUUCCUGACAAAAAGAAGAAAUAUGAGACCAAAGUUCAGCGUAAAAACCUGAGCCCUGUUUUCAACGAGACUUUUAUUUUCAAGAUCCCGUACGCGGAGUUGGGCGGAAAAAUUUUGAUUCUGCAGGUUUUCGACUUUGAUCGUUUCUCCAAACACGACAUGAUCGGUGAAAUAAAGAUUCCCAUGAGCAGCGUUGAUCUGGGCCAGCCCAUGCAACAAUGGAGGGACUUAGAAAGCGGGGAGAAGGAAGAGGAAAAAUUGGGAGACAUAUGCAUUUCCUUGCGCUAUGUACCCACUGCUGGAAAACUGACUGUAAACAUCAUGGAGGCAAAAAAUCUCAAGAAAAUGGAUGUUGGUGGUUUAUCAGAUCCUUAUGUGAAGAUCGUUCUGCAACAAAAUGGGAAGCGGAUUAAGAAAAAGAAAACAACAGUAAAGAAAAACACCCUCAAUCCCUACUUUAAUGAAAGCUUCAGCUUUGAAGUCCCCUUUGAACAAAUACAGAAAGUGCAGGUUGUCAUCACAGUGUACGACUAUGACAAACUUGGAAGCAAUGACCCCAUAGGGAAGACCUUUAUGGGCUAUGGAGCUACAGGUGUCGGCUUGCGCCACUGGUCGGACAUGCUUGCCAAUCCUCGACGUCCAGUAGCCCAGUGGCACACCCUCAUGCCUGAGGAAGAGGUGGACGCAGCACUUAAAGCUAAACCUCGUUAAGAGCAGGACCUGAUCCAGCACUGAGUCCAUCUGGGAGGUUUGGGGGGUUUUAAAGUAGUUUUUGUUCAGUUUUUCAUGUUUUCUUUCACGGCCCUAUGAAUAAAAGCACCAGAGAACCCGUCUCCUCAGGGUAGAACUUGAUUGGACGUGAGCUUUUCCUCUUAGGGACUUUUGGACCCAAAUCAUUGCUGAAUCCCUUUUUUUGUUUGUUUGUAACUCGUCUUUACUUUGUAUUUCUAUGUGCCUGUGUACAAUACAGAUCAUGUUGG